UGCGCGUGCCCGGAAGUGGCGGCGGCAGAAGCGGCGGCAUGGAGCGGCGCGGCUCCGAGUCCGACUCGUUCUCGGAUUCCGAGGACUCCUCGCUCUCCGACUCGGAGCUCCAAGAGGCCUUCGCGAAGGGCGAGCUGAAGCCGGGGCUCAACGUGGUGCUGGAGGGGCGGCCGAAGCGGUCUAACGAUGUGGACGGUUUGAAGCAGUGCCUGUCCGAUUUCAAGCAGCAACUAGCUUGGGUGGAAAGGCUGGAUGUGACAUUGGAUCCGAUUGCAAAUACUGUGGAAUCUGUCUCACACAGUGAUUCUAACAAAGAUGCUGUUGAUCCUGAGAAUGAUUUCCAGAGAGAAAUGAGUUUUUACCGGCAGGCACAGGCGGCGGUGCUGGAGGCCCUACCGAGGCUGCGUAAGCUCCAUGUUCCUACUAGAAGGCCAGAUGAUUACUUUGCAGAGAUGGCCAAGUCAGACCAGCAGAUGCAGAAGAUUCGGCAGAAGCUUAAGAGCAAGCAGGAAGCAAUGGAGAAGUCUGAGAAAGCGAAACAGCUCCGUGCCAUGAGAAAAUAUGGCAAGAAGGUACAAACAGAGAUUCUACAGAGAAGGCAAAAGGAGAAAAAAAAGAUGUUAAAUGCAGUCAAGAAGUAUCAGAAAGGUCUCUCUGACAAGCUGGAUUUUCUGGAUGAAGAACAGACUUCGUCUCAGGGGAAUAAAAAAGGCGGUGCAAAUCAACAAAUGAAGAAAGGACCAAAUGCCAAAAGACGAUACAAGAAUCAGAAGUUUGGUUUUGGUGGAAAGAAAAAGGGUUCGAAGUGGAACACAAAGGACAGUUUUAAUGAUGUAUCCAGCUUCAGGACAAAAGUGGCUCACAACAAAGGCCCAGGAAAAGGAGGAAAGAAAGCUCUCAAUAAGAGACCUGGGAAGAGAGCACGGCAGAAAAUGAAGAGCCGAGCAGGCUAGAGAACUGUGCUCCGCAGGGGGGCUCCUGUGUCUUUGCACGUUGGAAGGUGUUUCUGCUGUCUUCAAGCAGCUAACUGUGGAGCAGCCCGAAUGCUUCCACGUGGCAAGAAGCAAAUCAGUGGAAAUUAGUGCCUUAUCACUAAUUUGUUCCUGUUGCCCGUUUUGUUGAAGAGUUGUUUGCUACUUAAAUGUUCGGUAUGUGAACUUAUUAAAUAAUUUACACAGAG